UUCCUCAGGUUCUUGUUCCCUUGUAUGGAGAGAGAGGAGUGCUGAGGUGGACGGACUGCAGAGUCGGACUGGGUCGUGUGCCGCACCAGAGGGAGUCCCAACAACAAGUUCUGGGUUUCCAGUCUGAGAGGAACCCGGGAAGCCCCCAGCUCGUGCUUUAAAACUCUGGAUGAUUGAGCUAGUUUAUGUGUUUAGGAAGCAGAUUUUAUUCAUAACUGGCUGGACCAAUCCGGAGUAAAUUUAGUUUUACUCAGGAAAAUGAUGCGGAUGCCUAAAGGCGUCUCUCCCGCACCGGCUCGGCCCCCAGUGGGACUCUCCUGCUCCCAGCAGCAGCAGCAGAAGCUGAAGGUUUUGUCCUCCGCGGGAAUGAAAUCGGACCUGUUCAUCACCGGACUGUCCAGCCCGCCGAUGAGCGCCGUGCCAGCCGGAUACUUCACCCAGAUCGGCAACACGACAGCGGGCGAACAAAGAGCCAACAGCCUGUACUCAACCCCCCAUGGACCCGAGGCUAAACCCGUCAGAUGCUCCUCCGGGCGGCUGCCGGCUAAAAGGAAGCUGGAUCUAGAAGACCCUCUUUACCUGCCAGAGUUUCGCACYCCCAAAGGCAACUGCAGCAUUACAGCAAGGAUACCAAGUCCAUGCACUCCCAAGUCUCCAGGUGAACGGACACGGUACGACACUUCACUGGGCCUCCUGACCAAGAAGUUUGUGGGGCUGAUUGCUGAGUCUGCCGACGGCGUUCUGGAUCUUAACUGGGCCACCGAAGUUCUGGAGGUCCAGAAGAGACGCAUCUACGACAUCACGAACGUCCUAGAGGGAGUCCAACUCAUCCGGAAGAAGUCGAAGAACAACAUCCAGUGGCUAGUGGGCGAUGUUUUCGAAGGCGGUGCUGCUGGAGGAGAAAAGGCURGUGCCCUGAGGAAAGAGCUGGGAGAGCUGGAGCAAGCCGAGCGGUCUCUGGAUGAGCUGAUUCAGUCCAGCACCGUGCAGCUCAAACAACUCACCGAGGUCAAAGACAGCCAGAGGUUGGGCUACGUGACYUACCAGGACAUCCGCUCCAUCGCCAGUCUCCUGGACCAGACGGUCAUCGCUGUCAAAGCUCCAGCUGAGACCAAGCUGGAGGUGCCGGACACAUCUACGGGCUCGUUGCAAAUCUAUUUAAAGAGCAGGAAUGGCCCCAUAGAGGUGUACCUGUGUCCGGAGGAGGGACUCGAAGAUGCGAGCCCCGUUAAGAGUUUAAUCUCGCCUAAAAAGGAAAGCCCUCGAAGCCUCAAGGCACCUGCUGCAACCCCAGCAGCCCKGCAGAGUUCCAGCGUUAAAGAGGAGCCUGUGGAAGCGAGCGUUUCGACAGUGCCCCCUGCCGCCCCCUCAGCCACCCCCGCCGCUUCUUCCCUGCUUGACGUCGAGGGUCUGCUGGGUUUGCCUCCGGGCAUCCUUCAAAUCACAGAGGACCAGCUCCCUGGCACGUCCUUCACGUCAGACCCCAACACCCCCUUUGUCAGCUUUUCUCCUCCCAUAGACCACGACGAUUACCUCUGGAGCCUGGAAGACAGCGAGGGAGUGUCGGACUUCUUCGACACCUACGAUCUGGGAGAUUUUUUGAAGAGUUGACGCAUCAAAAGGAGGUAGAGAUAUUUUAAAGGUGUGCCCUUAUCGGGGCAGGACAUACACUAUGAAGCCAUCACUUGUUUCAGCCAUGCCAGAUGGAGGACCCGUCUCUUUUUUUUUUUUUUGUUCAAGUACAAAUCAUAUGUACACUUUGUAAAGAUGGGUUUUAGAGGGGAGGCUGUCUUUUAAACUACUGAAAAACUUUUAAAAAAUCCUAUAACAGGAGUCAGUGUGCAUAUCAUAUUAUCAGCAGAUAAAAACUGAUGUGGGUGUGAGCCUUUAAUGUGAUUAUCUCAGGACGUAUUUUUCUUCCUUGUAUUCCAAAAUUUGAAAUGAUUGUGCCACCUUUGGACCUCUAGGGGGCAGUGUUGUAUUAAGUCAGCUUUAACUGUCAGGAUUCAUUCACCGAACAGGUGCCAGCUAAAGUUAUUAACCCUUUAAGGAACCAGGUGUGUUUGUACAAUCUGUGUGUUUUUCCCAUUGACCAAACAAAGUUGUGAUUUAACUUUUUUAACUCAACCUUUGUUGCAGCUUAAGCAAAACAAAACUUAAAAAAAAAAACCCUGCUCUUACUGUAUUUAUGAUCAGGUUUGCUCUCGCCUUCUUUAAGCUUUGAAGUCGGGGCACAAACCUGUUUGGUGCUGCACUUUGUGCCCAAAAAAACGCAUCCAAAACCAGGGUGCUUCAGAACGGAUAAUGACUACUUUAUAAUCGGGUCACUCCUUCUGGUUUGGCAGCUUUGUUUUAAAUCUUUCAGCUCCUCAGUUGAUCUGAGUUGACUUUGAUUUACGUUUUGAUUUAGUAGCUGAAGACUACUAUUGUGUUUCUUAGGAAAUAGCCAAAUUAAUUAAAUGCAGCGUCUGAGUUGCAGGUGUGGGUGUGGUUAGAGGAUUGGUUUCCUCUUGUGUUGAAAUUAAAUCUGUUGGUUUAGAAAGAAUAUAAAUGAGGAAUUUGUAUGUUUACUGUUCAAGUUCUAUAGGCCAGUGUAUGCUUUUUUAAUCAUUUGCCCAAAGUUCUAGCAGCUAUUAUCAGUUUGAAUUAAUCUCUUUUUUUUUUUCUCACAAAAAAGUUUUUUAGAAGUUUUUAUAAGAUUUAAAAAAAACUUCAUUCUGAAGUGUUUUUUUUUUUCUGGCUUUCCCUCUUCGCUGCAGAGAUAAGCUAACUGUCCUGUCCUAAUGAAACUUGAAGACGUGUGUUUGCUGGUGUAUUUGACAGCUCUGUAAAUGGGUGUUGUGUAUUGGCGUGUGUGCUUGUGUGUGUUUUGCUGUGUAGAUUUGAUGAUGUAAAUUCAGAAUUUGUAGAAUAUUUUAUUUUUUUGUCCAGUGAGAAUUGUUUUGGUAUUUGUACAUAAAUCAUUUUUGUAUUUAUACCUGUUUUAAUUUUUUUUAAUACGAAUUUUGGACUGUUUUUGUAUGACAUGCAGCACUUACUGGUUUGACAUUGUGUGGGCUGUGUGAAGUUAUUGAAUAAAAGCCAGAGCCAUUGUUUACA